GUCCAAAUUAGACGUGAGAUGAGAAUGAGAUGAUUUUAAACAAUUUCGACUAUAAAUUGAUUUCAUUGUUAUAAGAACAUACAAGGAAUCGUAGCUAAAAUGUCUGAAGAAAAUUCACCAGUUAAGCCUUCAUCGCCUAGUGUAAUAGAAACGUUAGAAGACUACGAGUCUCAUGACACAUUGAUAAAACAUGUUGAUAUAUCAAUAGUGGAGUCAGAGAAGCGUGCUAAUGGAACUUUACACGUGAGGGACCACUACACUGUGUAUCUAAUAGACUUGAAAGUAACAGAUCCAGACUACAAACUAGUACAAUCCAAAAUCAGUACCAUCUGGAGGAGGUACACGGAGUUUGAACAGAUACAUGACUACCUUCUAGUGACUUAUCCACACUGUGUGGUGCCGCCACUGCCAGAGAAAAGGGUUCUAUACGCCUGGCGGAAAUCUGACACCACAGACCCAGAGUUUGUAGAACGGCGACGGGCAGGGUUGGAGAACUUCCUGCUCCGCGUGGCAUCACAUCCUCGGCUCAGCUUUGACGACCAGUUCAUCAGCUUUUUGCAGCAGGAGCACUGGCGGGAGACCAUCACUGACACUGGAUAUCUGUUACAAGCCGAAAACAAGCUGAAAUCUCUGUCAGUGUCAAUCAGAUUAAAGAAGCCGGAUCCGGAAAUAGAAACUGUCAAAAACUAUGGAAAGCAGUUGGAAACUAACUUAGGAAAUUUUCUUUAUACUAGGUCUAAAAUAAUCGAGAAGAACUACGCGGUAUGUAAGCUGCACGCGGCCUACGGUAAGCUGUUUAGCGAGUGGAGCGUCGUCGAGAAAGAUAUGGGCGACGGGCUGCAGAAGGCCGGACACUAUUUCGAUUCAAUAGCAGAAGGCAUUGACGCUGUCGCCGAAGAUGAAGAGCAACUCGCAGACCAGCUGAAGGAAUACCUGUUCUACGCGUGCGCACUUCAACAACUCGCACACAACCAUGAGGCGCUACAGCGAGCUACCGAGCUUGCACACGACACACUUGCCAACCGGAUAGCGGAGCGCAGCCGCGCCGCGGCGGGCAAGUCGGGGCUGAUGUCGCGGCUGUUCGGUGGCACCGACCCCGACAUCGUGCGCGACCACGCCACCAGGGCGCUCGACGCCAAGAUACUGCAGGACAAGGAGAACAUCGAGAAGGCCAAGCGGGACCUGGAAGAGUUUUCGAAGAAGGCUGCGAUAGAAAUAGAACAUUUCCAAAAGCAAAAAGAUAAAGACCUCCACGAGUCGUUGGUCGGCUUCAUAUCAUUGCAAGUUAAAGCCGCGAAAAAGAAUCUUCAAGCGUGGACCCAAAUAAAGGAAUGCCUUCAGAACAUGCCCUGAAAACGGCCCGCCCGCGGGAGACCACCAAAUUGUACAGGUCUAACACUAAGCGUAGAUUCAUUUGAGUUAAGGCGAUGGAGGCGUUACCAAAGAAUCGGAAUGAUUAAAUAUGGUAACAUUGGUAAAGUCAUAUAUUAAGGUGCUUACCAAGUAUUUGAAGCAGAUUUCUUAGUC